AUGGAAGGCAACAAGGCCCAAGAUAAAACUAUGGAUACAGUUCCUGGAGGCGAAACCCCUCAAUACGAGUCCAUAAAGACGGCGACCGUGCCCACCUCGAAACAAAGAGGUCAACUGGGCAGUGGCUCCAAUACCAUGGAGAACCCCUCCACGUCUGAAGACCGGGGAAAGCAGAGAGCAAACAAUAUAAGAUAUGGCCAGAAUAUAUCAGAGUCCGGCAUGGGUGGUAAGACAGUGGCGCAGGAUGGCCAGGCCGGUCAACAAGGUGGAUAUGGAGGAACACCAGACCAGGCCGAAGGACAGAAGGAUACCAGACCGCAGCAGGGGUACGGAGCAGGAAGCGGGGUCGGGGCAUAG